UUCAGUGUUAAACGCCUUUAGUUUCACCAUCAAGAUCAAAUAUAAAUUAAUUAGUGUUAUCAGUGAAAACACUAAUUAAUUUAUAUAUAAAUUAAUCAGGAUUAUUAUCGCAGGCGGCCGCCGCCAAUUAAUUUGCGGCCCUCGCAGUAAAAACAGGUUCACUCUGUGUGGAUAUUUCAGCUCCUUCCCAGUCAUGGACCAGGACAAACUUGGUAUCGAUGGAUUCGUGGUAAUCUCAGGAAUGAGAAGCUGCCACUGUUUUUCGUACAGCAUGAUGACACUGGUGUUAGAGGAUUGUUAUUGACUUGGUUAGAUAUUUUAAGCCUAUUUUAAAUUUCUUUAUAUUUGAUCUUGAAAACGGACAAUCUCAUAAUUUGGCUGAUAAUGCAGGGAUUAUAAAAUUUAGAGUACAUUACAUUCACAGAGAGAACCUGGUUUAUUUCGUGUCAUAUGUAUUUAAUAUAUCAACAUAUAUCAGUAACAUCAUGAACCAUGACAGACAUGACUGAAGAGCAGAUGAAGAUAUCAUGCCAGGCACCGAUGAGAAAAUAUUACAAGGAUCUCACAGCUGAAUUUGAGAAUGAGAUGCUACACCUGAGAACAAUAUAUGGUGCCACAUUUCCACACAUUCGGUCUCCUCUUGAGCUGCUUAAUGUCAUCUAUACAGGAUGCAAUUACAGAGCAUUUUUGGAGAAGUUUGUAUUGGACUGAGGAUAUUUUGCACACUACCUGUGACUGUUGCUGGGGGUGAACGGGCUUUUAGCAAACUGAAACUGGUGAAAAAUUAUUUGAGAUCAACAAUGUCCCAGGAUAGACUGAACAGCCUAGCUCUUCUUUCUAUUGAAAGCCAAUUAGCCAAAGGAUUGGACUCUCAUAAGUGAUUUUGCUAACAUGAAGACCCGUCAGUGGGCAUUUACUGGAAAAUAAAUUCCAGGAUUUUUGUUUGAACACAUUGUUGGCAAAUAAAAAUAAUUAUAUGUGAAGUCUGGGCAUUUCACUUUUAUUAUGCUGGCAUUUGUAUUUGCUCAAUAUAGAGGUUAAACUAAGAUCAUAUUUAUUAUCUUGUCUUAUAGCAUGACAAAAAAUGUGUAAGAGAGAUAUUAAGUAAUUGAGCAUGGGGGCCCACCUAGAAGACUUGUAUCUAGGGCCCAGAAUUUGGUGCUACGCCCCUGACUGUAACCCUGCUGUAACCAACUGCUUUGAUAAAAUCAAACCAGGAAAAAAGCAUAAAACCUCUAGCCUAGUGAACUAGACCAAAUUCUGGCUUUGCAAAGUUAUAUAUGUGAAUAUAUAGUCUGGCUUGCCAGGCUAGAAAACCUCUGCUCCAAAAAGUUAGAUCGUUGUUUGUUGGCCAUCUAUUUUUUAGGUCCAAUCACUAAGUAGCUUAAAACAUUCACCCAAAAAUCAACCAAUCAGAUUUCAUAUCUUAGUUUUUAGUUCCGCCCCCCUUGACAUGCUCGGCUGUAGUGGCUUGUGGCCAUUUUACACCUGGUUCACUGGAAACAAAACCCCUCUUUCACUUGAAUCUGUCGUUUGAGGAAGAGUCGGUGGUUACAUGAGUUUCUGCAUCAAGAUAAAAAGGACGAAACUAGGAGCAGAGCUAUUGGUUCAGCAUGGACUAUGAGCGGAGGGGUGGGCGAGGUGAUCGUAGAGGUCGCUAUGGGAACCACAAUGACCACAACUUUAGGGACAUGGACUAUCGCGGCUAUGGACAAGAGGAUGAGGAGGCAGGAUCAGCUCAUGAUGCCGGACUGGAAGCAGAUCUAAUGUACAGUCAUAAGGAGCCGCCACUGGGUGUCCAUGACUUCCCAGCCGGCUUUCCCCAAGAUGAUGCUCGCUUUCACCACAGAGGGAAUGGUCGAGGCAACGUCGGGCGUGACAGGAAGGCACUCUUGUGGCCGCCUUUCUCACACCCUGAUGCUGCUCACCCCAUCCUCCUCAGAGAGAACGGGCUGCCACACGCUGGCUUGCAUGAACGAGGUCGAGGCAGAGGCGGAAGAUAUUUCCUGGAGAGCAGCGCUUUGCACUCAGAAAGUAGGGAGAGCAACUGGGGUCAUGUUGAUAACCAAUCAGAGCAGAUGAAUCUCAGUCCUGCUGUACAGAGAGAGGACAACCGGUUCUCUCAUAUGGCUGGAAGGAAGAGGCCAUUUCCAGAGAUAGCGGAAGAGCACGGUUAUGGAAAUGAUGGCCCAGACCUGUCAGUAGAGGAGCUGGACCAGAGGGACCAGGACUACCGGGCAGAUUUAGACCAGAAUCAACGGCCCAGCAACAUUAUAAUGCUUCGCAUGCUUCCACCGAGUGCCACUGCCAAUGAGAUCCGGGCACAGCUUCAGGAACAGGGAAUCCAGCCAAGAGAGGUUCGUCUUAUGAGGAAUAAAUCUUCAG